UUUUGUGUGUCUGAGGGUUCAGAGACAGAUUUCAGUAGUUCCUAGCUGUAAUAACUGAAGCUGUGAGUUUGUAUCGUUAUUAAAUCAACAGUAUAUAACUAUUGAUUUGAAUUGGAUGCAUAUACAUGAUGUUUAAGUUGACUUUAGUUGAUUUCAACUUUAGUUGAUUGUGUCUAACUUUAGUUUUUGCAGUGAUUUCAGGCUGAUCUCGUUCUGAAAGAGUCUGUCCUCUGCAUCUUAAUUGCAGAAAUUCCUGCGUCCCCCCAGAACCCAAUCUCCAUGGCCCGGCUCCGGUCCCUUUAUCUGAUCCCACCUCAGAUAAAACAGAGUAUUAUAUCCCUAAGAGCAGCUCCGGCCCUUAAACACAGCGUCCAUUCAUUUCUCUACCGCCCUCAGUCCCCCUAUCUCUGUUCCCUUUUUUCUAGUUGCAGCAGAAAAUCUAAAGAGAUUUUGCUUUCCAUUUUCCAGUCGUUUCCCAACCGAUGUGUUCCUAUUGCGGUGGAAAAACGAUUGGUAGUAAAAUCAUUGAUCUGGACUGUAGAGCAGAUUUCCGUCUGAAGACGAGCCGCUCCUCGCCGUUCAUCUUCUAACGCCUGGCGUCGCAACAAGACUUUAAGGCUCCCAUGGCUCUGCAGGAGCUGGGCAUCAGCCUGUCCAUGAUGGGCGUCGCCGGCACCAUGUUGAUCUGUGGCCUGCCCAUGUGGAAGGUCACUGCGUUCAUCGGCACCCACCUGGUGGUGAUGCAGGUGUUCUGGGAGGGCUUGUGGAUGACCUGCGUCAGCGAGUACACGGGCCAGAUGCAGUGCAAGCUCUACGACGCCCUGCUGGACCUGUCGUCGGACCUCCAGGCGGCCCGCGGCCUCAUCUGCAUCAGCCUGGUGUUGGGCUGUCUCGGGUUCCUCGUCUUCAUCCUGGGAGCUCGCUGCACCAACUGCCUGGGUCACCCGCGGAUCAAAGCGCGGGUGGUGAUCGGCUCCGGCGCCAUCUUCUGCCUGUCCGCGCUCACCACAGUGGUCGCUGUCGCUUGGACCGCCAACACCAUCAUCAUGGAUUUUCACAACCCCAGAGUCCCAGAGGUGCUGAAGAGAGAGCUGGGCGCAGCGAUCUACAUUGGGUUUGUGACGUCUGGGCUGCUGUUCUGUGGAGGAGCCGUUCUCUGCGUGACCUGCCCACCAGAACCAGACAGAUUCCCCUCCAGUGGCUACAUGCUGGCCAAGACUCCCACCCGGAGCAGCUACGCCAUCAAGAACUACGUCUGAAAACAGAAACUAAACCACAACGUCUUGACCUCUGCCGACCUCUUCAAGCCUUUUACGGUGCCUGCUCCUUAAUUACAAUCUCUUCACUGCAAAAACACAAAAAAUGACCAAGUUUUUUUGGUCUAAUUUCUACCGCACAUAUGUUAGCACAUUUGAAAAACAACAAAACUAACUUACAAAAAACUUUUCAGCAAGAUAUUAUUGACUUAAAGCUGCAGUCAGUAAUAUGUUUAUUAACAAUGUGUUAAAAACUGUCACCAUGUUCUGACAGUUUAUGUCAGAGAAAAGAUCAA